GCCAGCAACAUAAUGACGUUCACACGGCCAGAGCAAGGGCACCCUGCCCUUGCCAAGGCCACUGCGAAGUGCAAACCCCCCCUUCCCCCUCCCGAAUCUCUGUUCCCACCAAAUUCCAAUUCCCUUCCCUAACUAUGCACAUACCCUUUCACAAAAACCCUUCUUGAUUCAGGACAACCCAAGACCAUUAAACCCCAGCCCUUUCCAUUAAUGACACACCAAAUAUCAACCAGCUUUCUCCACAAGAAUACCAAAACGACUUUCGCUCCUUAAUUCCUCUGCACCACUUCCACUUCCCAUCACAAAAUCAACACAUCUGAUUCCUAAAAAAUGCCUUCUAAUGGCUUCUCUCUGCUCUCUCUCUUCCUUCUCCUUCUCGUUGUCAAGUUAAUCAACAUCAAUGAAGCAAGCUCUGUUACCCAUGUAAAUGGGUCUGCGGACAUGGUGCCAUUGAUCGAACCGGAGAAGUUGGAGAGGAUGAUGCUGAAUGAAAGCAGGAGAAAGCUGGGGAGCUUCCAGAUAUGUGCUCUCUGCACUUGCUGUUCCUCUAAAGCUUACUGCGUGCCCACUCCCUGCUGCUACGCCAUCAACUGCAACAUACCCAACAGGCCCUUUGGCUUCUGUUCUUUCACUCCCAAGACCUGUAAUUGCUUUGGAUGCCAUCUCUAAAUCUCACUUCUCUCUCUCUCUCUCUAUAUAUUAUAUUGCUUUCUCAAAUUUGGGCAUGCUGAUUCUGUUGGGAGUGUGAAAGGGAAGAAUAUCUGCUCUGUUCUCUUUUUUUUUUUUUGUUUCUUUUUUGUUUUUAUUAUUAUUUGGUCACUGCUACUUCCAGGUAAGCUUCUGCUAUUUUCCACUGAGUCUGUCUUCUUAUAUCAUUGUCACAUUGUUUGGGGCUCGGAUAUUUUUGCUGGAGGUAGCAAGAACUUGCCUGGAUAAAGCAUUUUCCAAUAUUAGCUGUGUGGCAAAAUUGCCAUUCUUAAAUCUUAAUGGAACCAAAUGGGUUUUAUUGAACUCUGUAAUGUAUUUUUAAUGUUCAGUGUUCAGUAGGGCUGCUGUGUUGUUCA